AUGACCACUAUUGUAGUAGGUGCUACUGAAGACCAUAGAGCGGUGUUGUUGCAGUGCGCAUUCCUGUGCCGAAGUAAUCCUGUCACAUGUGAAGCUGGAAUCAUUCCUUGCAAAGAACAGUUGAAUGUCAAAGUAAUUCUUAAGUCGUGCGUUUGGGUGAAGGGAGAUCUGCACUGUGUAUUUCCCGAUUUGUUAAAAUGGGCUGGAGUCUCAUUUUGCCCAAGUUUUCAUGUCUGCUGGAGAAUUUCUUGUGUGUACAUCCAAGCUGAUUACCUGCAGUGUUCAAGUGUUCAUCUUUUGCUCUUUUCUCUGUGCAGCAUAGUGUUGUUCGAUACGUUUGUAAACAUCCUUUCUCUCAACCUUGGUGAACCAGCUUACGCAGCAGACGUCGCCCAGCUGGAAUACAAGCUGGUGGCUGGAGAGCACGGCUUAAUCAUUCGAGUGAAAGGAUUCAAUCAUAAACUACCUCUUCUGUUUCAGCUCAUCAUUGAUUACUUGACUGACUUCAGCUUUACUCCAGCGGCUUUUGAAAUGAUAACAGAGCAGCUGAAGAAAACAUAUUUCAAUAUCUUAUCAGGCCUGAGACUCUGGCCACGUGAGUUCUGGGGGAGAGUAAAGGAGGCAGCACUGCAGUUGUUGAGGUUGAGCAAGGAGCCCAGAAAACAGUGCUCUGUGCUGGUGGAGGUUUGUUCCAGGGCAGCUCGUGGCUCUGACUGCUCAGUAUAUCAAACUCGAGGCUCAGACUGGGCCUGCAGGUAGCUGCUGUUCUGAAGCAGCCAGCAGCAGGGGCUGAGGCAGGGCAGGGUGAGCCCACAGCGGUGCUCUGGGUACUAUCUGCCCAUCUGCUGUGUGCUCCUGAGUCAGAAGUGGGAUCACUUACAUUAGGCAGCUCCUGGGACUUGUGGUUUUGUUUCCCUUCUGUUUAUUGCAGGGACGUGCGUCUCCUGAUUUUAGAACAUGG